UCAAUAAAAUCUUCUCACUUUGUAACAAAAAAAAAAACUUCACAUUUUUCUCUCAUGCCAAAGAGACCAUAAAUAAAAGCAGUUAUAAAAAAGAAAUGAAGAAAGUUUGAACGAAAGAAAACAAUAUUACCACAAAUAUCAAAGCUCCUCCACCUUAAUCGGACGGACGCCUGAAGGUGAUGGGUAGGAUUUUCUCUGUUGAUUUGGAAGGUAGAGCUUACCGAUGCAUUUUCUGUCAUACCCCUUUUGCCCUUGCCGAUCACGUUCUCUCUCGGUCCUUCACCUGCGGUCGAGGGAGGGCAUACCUUUUCAGCAAAGUGGUGAAUGUUACACUUGGGACUCAAGUAGAGAGGUUGAUGAUUUCUGGAACUCACACGGUUGAAGACAUAUUUUGUUGCUGCUGUGGACAAAUUGUGGGAUGGAAAUAUGUCAUAGCACAUGAGAAAAGUGAAAAAUAUAAAGAAGGGAAAUUUGUGCUCGAGAGAUGGAGGAUAGUUGAUGACGUUGAAGAUGAAUUAAAUUUGGAUGCUCAUGCUAGUUCAAGCGACACAGAAAACACCUAGCCAGUUGCUUCUUUCAUGAAUUCAAGUGUCGCAGCUAAGCUAGAAAAUAUAUUAUAUUGUUAGUACUUAGUAUUCGUCAAGAUAAAAUUUCAUAAAGAAACUCUCUAUUUGGAGCUACAUAGGCUUGGCCCGUUUCUAGCAUUUAUAAAUCUUUUCAUUCAGCACCGGAUGUUGCUAUGUAUUUAUAGAGGGCACAUAUACUAGGCAUGCCUGAGCAAACAUCUUGCAUUUCUUUUGGGUUGGAAAAGUAAUAAAUCACAUUUUGUGACAGUUAA